AUGGCGGCCGGGGACAAUGAUAAGGCCCCGCGCUACAGGCCCAACCUUGGCACGGGGAAGACGCCCAACAUCGGCUUCAGCUUUGCCCAGACGGGCUACCACAAGAGUAAUGUCCUCGCUGCUGCGGCGAACCAUCCGGCUCCACUCCGCUCUCGGAGCAUGGCGCCUCUGCGCAACAGUGGAGGGAGGAAGGAGGCCCCAGCCCCUCCGACCCAGGAGGACGACGUUACACCCACUCCGGCUUCCAUCCUUCCUUCCCAGUCGACGGGGAUGACGAAAUGA